AUGGGUUUCGACCAACACGGCGCGCGCAAGCGCCGCCGCGAAGCUUACAAUAUCGACACCAAGCUCGUGGAGAUCUACGAGGAUCUCGCCAGCGCAAAGGACGAGAUCCGGCUGAAGGCUGCCUCGAGCCUGAUCUCGCAGUUCACCGCGGACAAGAACCCGACCGAUGAUCAGAUCAAGAAGACGCUCCAGAGACUGUUCCGUGGUCUCUGCAGUAGUCGCAAGGCAGCUCGGAUUGGAUUCUCUGUUGCGCUGACGGAGCUCUUGACGCAGAUAUUCUCGAUUCCGCGGGAGGGUUUGUCGCUGACGUUUGAGGAGGCGUUGUCGCUUUGGGAGUCGCUGUCUAAUUCUAAUGGCAGUGAGUCGGGACAGGAACAACGAGACCACCAUUUUGGCCGCCUGUUCGGCGCUGAAGCCCUCAUCAAAUCUGGUGUCCUCUUCCAACCUGCCUCGCCCUUCACACAAUGGACCAAGGUCCUCGGUCUCCUCUUCGAGCUCGCGCAGAAGAAGCCAUGGAUUCGGGAGGAGUGCGGAUGGGUCGUCUACCGCUGCGUGUACGAUCUCGCUGCGCGCAAGAUGGAUGUCAAGUAUGUGGAGGCUGCAAUUGAGGGCAUGUGCUCGCACGACCUGGCCCGCUCCCCUGAGGGUGUGGCCGUCUGGCUGGCUGCCAAGGAGAUGUUCCCCAAGGCGAACUAUCCUGAGAAGAUCUGGAAGCACGACGACCCGCUGGACACGAAGGAGCGCAACAACCUGGCGAAGAUCAUGAAGGAGUCUUCGGCUGAAGUGAGCGAGGGCGAGAAGAAGUCAAUCAAGUCUUCCGGAGUCUGGAACUCCAAGCUGCACUUUGCCUGGGAUGCGGUUCUUUCCCGUGCCAGUGACGAAAGCAGCAAGUCGAAGGGCUCCAAGUCCUCCCGGCUGAGCUUCUCUGAUUUCUGGAUUGAGGUGGUGGACAAUGGUCUCUUUGCCUCUGCUUCUUCUGAGGAGCGCAAGUUCUGGGGAUUCCUCCUCUUCAACAAGAUUCUGAACGAAGGAUCGCCUCAACAGGCAUCCCAGAUCUUCACCAAGAACCUGGUCCGCUGCUUGAUGAACCAGCUCGCCGCGGAAGAUCGAUAUCUGCACAGCAUGGCCGUCAAGACAUCCAAGACCAUGCAAGCUCGCGUCUCCAAGGAUCCCAGCUUCGCCGGCCCUGCAGUCCACGGCUUGAUGGGAACCGGCGGCGCCGUUCUGUUCGACCAAGUCACCAAGACCAAGACCAUCGAAAAGAUCGUGGCCGACGCCAGCUCUGACGCAUUGAAGGAUAUCAUCCCCCUGUUUGAAGAGCUCAUCAGCCGCCCCGCCACUAGCGAUGACAAAAUUGCGGCCGCGAACCGUCAAUAUAUUGCCGGUCUGCUCCUUUCGAUCGUUCGCGCCAAGUCCUCGACUGGCAACGAUGAUUCCGAGGAAGACUUUGAGUCGGUUCUCGAGAAGAUUCUGUUCAUCUUUGUGCGUUUCGCUUAUUUCACAGACAAGAGCUCGUCUGCCGCGGAGCCGGCCGUGUCGGAGGCUACCCAGGAAUUGCUGCGCAACCGGGUCAGCUCUGCUCUGAACAGCCUUCUCACGUCGCAGAAGUACGCUGCUUCCAUCCCCUACGCGGUUGUGAAGCAGAUCCGCGACGCUUCCAAAUCGGAGGAGUUUGGCAAGUUCAUCAUCAACAUUGAUGAGAAGUUGCAGGAGUCUGUCAAGACUGCUUUUAAGUCUUUGAAGAGGCUCUCUAGCAAGGAAAAGAAGGGAGAGACAUCCAGCAUUGCCGCCUUCAAACUCUUGUACUCCAUGACUGUGCUGCAAGUGUACAAUGGCGAUGCCGAUGCCGUGUCCAUGCUCGAUGAGCUGGCGUUCUGCUACACCAAGUUCCUGGGUGACGAGGCCUCGAAGAAGAAAAAGAAGGAAGAUACCUCGGAUGCCUCGGAUGCAUUGGUUGAAAUUCUGCUGAGCUUUGCGUCCAAGCAGUCGCAGCUCUUCCGCCGUAUGAGCGAGCAGGUUUUCGGUGCCUUUGCUGACCAGGUCACAGAGAACGGCCUGGAGUCGUUGAUUUCGAUCCUGGAAGCCAAGGAAAGUCUGGCAGGCCAGCAAGAGAUGUUCGACCAAGACGACGAGGAUGACGUCGAAGAAGCCUCCGGCUCCGAUGAUGACGACGUAGAAAUGGCAGACAUCGACGGUGAAGAAGACAGCGACGUCGAAGUCGUCGAAGCAGGCGACACCGGUGACGCCGGUGACGCCUCAGAUGACGAGGAAGACGACGACGACGAAGCUUCCGGCACAGACGAAGAAGACGCCGCUGAAGUCGCCGACUUCGAAGCUAAGCUGGCAGCCGCACUCGGCACGCACCGCGCCGACAAAGAUCUCGACGCCGAAGAAUCCGACUCAGACGCGGACAUGAACGACGACGAAAUGGAACAAGUCGACGCGCAACUAGCGAACGUCUUCCGCGCACGCCGCAAAGCCGUCUCCGCCCAAAAAGACAAAAAAGACGCCCGCUCCAACAUGGUCAACUUCAAGAACCGCGUGCUAGACCUGCUGGAGAUCUUCGUGAAAAAGUCCCACUCCCGCCUACUCGCGCUGGACCUCCUCCUCCCCCUCCUCCGUCUCACCCGCCGGUCAACGAACAAGCAAAUCGCAAAUAAGGCAGCCGGCGUGCUACGCGAGUACACGAAGCUAUGCAAGGGCUCUGCGGUGCCGAGUAUUGACUCCGAGGAGGGCGUUGAGGCUGUUUGGGAGCUUUUGCGGAGUAUCCACAAGGAAGCCGGGCAUUCUGGACCGCCUGCGCAUGCGACCGCUGUUAGUCAGGCUUCGUUGCUUGUUGUUAAGGUUCUUGUCGGACAUGAGAAGGGCCUUGUUGCUGGGGUCGUGGAUGUGUAUGGGGAAACGAGGAAGGAGAUGUUGCUUAGUGCCAAGUCGCAUGUGCAGCCUUCUUUCUUUACGGAUUGGAAUAAUUGGUGUGUUUCUGCUAGUAAGCAGUUGAAGGGGAAGGAUUAG